GGCUGCGGGCCAGGAAAUGUGUCGCAAGUUGCUUGAGGAAACGGUGGCCAGUGACAUAGGUAAACAAGCCCAGCUGACCUCCCCUGAAUGACUUUAGUGGUUUGCGAGCGCUGAUCAUCAUGUCACUGCAGGGAGAUCCGGUGUAGGAGAUGCGAGCAGCGUUGAGCCUGGCAGCAGUGGCAGUCCCUAUGGGUGUUCUGCUGUCCCGGACCAUGGCGUGGAUGUCCAGUGGCAAAACACAUCCAGAGCUCAUAAGCAGGCUGAGGGAUCAUGGGGUGAUCCACAGCGACAGAGUGUUCAAUGCCAUGCUGGCUACAGACAGAGGGCUCUACUCCAGAGAUUAUCCUUAUGCAGACUCUCCGCAGUCCAUAGGCUACAGGGCAACUAUCAGUGCACCACACAUGCAUGCCCAUGCUUUGGAGCUGCUGAGUGACAAACUACAUGAAGGGGCGUCAGCUCUGGACGUGGGUUCAGGAAGUGGCUAUCUCACUGCCUGCUUUGCAAGGAUGACAGGACCCAGUGGCAGAGUGGUUGGCAUUGAACACAUUGAUGAACUGGUUCAAAUGUCAAUAAAGAACGUUCAACGUGAUGACCCAGAGCUGCUCUCCUCCGGACGCAUCAGACUUUUAUUGGGAGAUGGAAGGCUCGGGUACCCAGAAGGAGCACCUUAUGAUGCCAUUCAUGUUGGAGCAGCUGCAGCUACUGUUCCUAAGGCUCUCUUGGAGCAGCUGAAGCCAGGCGGGCGGUUGGUCCUCCCAGUGGGCCCCGACGGUGGCAGUCAGGUGCUCGAACAAUACGAUCGUCAGAGUGACGGGACCUUUCUCAAGAGAGCUUUAAUGGGAGUGGUCUACGUCCCCUUAACUGACAAGAGGCAUCAGUGGCCUGGAGGUGAGCUCUGACUGCAGUGUGGUUGCCCCUGCAGGAGGUGGCGUUGGUGCUGCAUCUCCGGGUCCCCAUAACCUCCUCAUGUUUUUACUGAGCUCUAAGUCUUACGGCCACCUGCCCCACUGGUUUGUCACCUAGCAACGCACGAGGAGGAACUCGCUCUGUUUGCCUGACCAGAUUGUCUUCCUAGAGUGCUAAAACAGUGAGUGACUGAAUGACUGACCACAUCUGAACCGUCUCCUGAAGACGAAGAGUCCUUGUAGUCAGAGAAUAGUUGUAGACAAGGAGAUAAUGAAUGACAAAAAAAGCUUGUCUGAGGUUUUAGUGAUUCACAGAAUUAUUUGUGAAGUCUAGCAGUGUGAGCUUUGUGUGAGCUGCAAUAUAGCUUGAAUAGCUACAGUGUUACAUGUUUUCCUCUGGACGCUUGUGGGAAAUUCAGAUGAAUGGUAAACUUGAAUCUUGUGUAAUCUUAUGGGAAUGCUUUGGUUUUGAAUGCAGCCAUACUUAAAGAUGAACCCAAGUUCACGCCAAGGAAUUUUUAAUUAAAAAAAAUAGCAAAUUAACAAAGUAAUUUCUAUUUCAUGGUAAGAAUUGCCACUUACUUGCUUCCAAUACUGUAUGUAUAUGAUAUGUCCUGUUUGAGACUGUAACCCAAUAGAACAGGGGGGAGGUUGUGCCAAAACAUGAUUCAUUUAGGCACUUAGUAUUUUGAGACUGUAAAAUUGUUGAUAUUAUAUGUAUGCUUAUAAGAUUUAUUAAUAAAACUCAAAACAUUGA